AUGAGUUCUUAUAUUCAAGUAUCGGAAGUUGAGGGAGAAGAACCCAUUGAGCUUCCUACGGAAGACGAUGGAACACUUUUAUUAUCAACGUUAGCCGCACAGUUCCCGGGUACUUGUGGCUUAAAAUACAGAAAUCCCGAAUCAAUGGGGCUAAGAGGUGUUAGAUUAGUCGAAGGAAGGCUUCAUCCCCCAGAUAACGGUUGGGGUAGUGUAGUUUACUAUUGCGUUUUCCCAAAAGAAAACAAGAGAAAAUCUGAUGAUUUAUUAGAAAAUUCAACGGCAAAAACAAAAAGAAUGGAAACCAAAUUGAAAUGUUCAGACUUAAUUGUUUUAGGUCUACCAUGGAAAACUACAGAACAACAAUUAAGAGAAUAUUUUGAAACUUACGGUGAAGUUUUAAUGGCUCAGGUUAAAAAAGAUCCUAAAAGUGGUCAAUCUAAAGGAUUUGGAUUUGUUAGGUUUGGCAGUUAUGAAGCUCAAGCAAGGGUAUUAACUCAAAGACACAUGAUUGAUUCUCGGUGGUGUGAUGUUAAAGUUCCUAAUUCUAAGGAAGGAAUGGUUCAACAGGUUCCCUGUAAAGUAUUUGUUGGUCGCUGUACUGAAGAUAUAACUGCAGAAGAUCUCCGUGAGUACUUCUCAAAGUUUGGCGAAGUCACAGAUGUUUUUAUCCCAAAGCCGUUUCGAGCCUUUGCAUUUGUAACCUUUCUAGACCCGGAAGUUGCCCAGUCCUUAUGCGGAGAAGAUCAUAUAAUAAAAGGAACGAGCGUUCACGUAUCAAAUGCGGCCCCAAAGAGUGCGAACGAUCAUCGCGGAGGAUUCGGUUCCCAAAAAAACAUGUCAGGUAAUAUGCGUGAUAAAAACAUGUCCGGCCCUCACGGUGGUGCCAACCACGGGAAUUUAACGAGUUUGAAUUAUCAUAAUUCACCGAACCCGGCGUGGGCUCAGGGGGGAAACAUGUCAAAUCCCGGUCCGAGAAAUUUAGACAUGCCUAAUUUACAAACUCUGGGCAUAACAAAUCAAAACAAUCGGCCCCAACAAAAUUUAGGCGUCAUUAACGCCCUUAAUCUUGCAGGGGUUCACGUGAAUAACGCUUUGGUUGCCGCGGCUCUUAACCAAGCUGGUUGGGGCGUGGGUUUAAUGCAAAACCAACAGGGACCUCAGAAUGAUAAUUUCUCUGGUCCGUCAAAUCUCUCUUAUCCUCCGAAUCAAGGAGGAGGCGGAGGAGGUUCCGGACCGCCACCCAACGCUCCUGGUGGGUUCCUAUCUUGGAUGAAUCAAGGAGCGGGAACCGGAAAUGACGGUGGUGGCGGAAAUUCUCAAAAUCAAAACCAGGUUUCUUGGUCUAGGCAAAAAGAUAAAUCAUUUUUCUGA